AUGGUGCUUCGUUGCAUCUCCCAAUUCAGGAUUCUCCGCAUUGUACGAUCGGACGACGUCCUGAUGAUUAUAGCAUGGAUCUUGCAGACAGUCAAAGCUGCUCUAUCCACCAUCGCCGUGUACUGGGGUCUCGGACGACACGACUGGCAGCUCGCCAGUUCCGAAGCUUUUGUCGACGCCAUGAAAUACGAAAUGUUGUCCAUGAUCUUCGGCUCGCUAUGUGGACUGUUUGGGCGUAUAUCCUUCGCCGCGUUCCUUCUAUACUUCAUCCAACGCGUGUCGCGAAUCCGGACGUAUGUAAUAUGGACUGUUAUCAUCGUUCAGGUUGUCGUCACUAUUGUCUUGCUUAUUUACAACAUGGUCAAAUGUGCGCCUUCAGUGCAUGGGCCACGUGCUAUCUUUGAAACGGCGGAGUGUUGGACGUCGCCGUCAAUCAUGGCGUUGCAGUAUUCACAAGGAGCUGUCAAUGCAGCAUCCAAUCUUUGCCUCACAAUUCUAGCCCUCGGUUUGGUUUGCAGCAUUCAUGCUGCAAGCUAUGCUAAGGCCAGCCUGGGUAUUCUCCUUUCGUUCAGUCUACUGGCUACCAUUGCGGACGUCCUUGCUAUUGUGGGAGUCAGUAGAACUCGACAUGACGGAACUGAUUAUGCAUACCGUCUCGAUACGUGGAACUAUUUGUAUUCGAUCGAAAACGCCGUGAUCAUCAUCACCGGCUCAAUGUCCAAGCUCCGGCCCGUGAUUCUAGUAGUAUACCACUUUCUAAAAGACUUUCAGACAAUGGACAAACUGCGAAAAUGGAAAAACCCCCAAACCCCAAGAGUCAAAUUCCUCCGAUUGACCGCAGGUUACCAUCCCACAAACACAAGCAGGAGAUCUCCAUCUCCCAGUCAUCCUUUCGCUCCUCCCAUCACCGUGACAGCCGCAGACACUGCAGGCCUGCACCGCUUCAAAUCCCGAACCAGCAUCUACAGCAAGAAUUCCAAGCACAGGAACGGCCACAGCCGUCAUUUGGGCAAUACCAGCAAUGCUACUAGCACAAUCAGUCUAUCAUCAAUCCCACACUCUUCUUCUUUACACCCAACGACAAGACUCUGCGGCGACAGCAACCAAGACCUACCCAGCUUCGACCAGACCUCCUCAAUUAUCAGCAGAGAUUUUGUCCCUGUUUCGUCACCGCGACUCACUUACCAAACCGUCAUUACGGCUGGAGAUCCCUCCGUUCCUCCGCCGUUUGUGUCUCUGCCUUCUUCUCCGCCUCGUGCGGCGACGCCGACACCGACGACGAGGAGAAGGAGCUUAUCGACUCCUAAUAGCAGUGAAAGGACAUCUCGAAAUAGUAGUCGACGACGAGGAAAGCGGCAGCUGCAGCCGCUGCGAGAUGAUGGAUUUACGACAACCAACUCGUCGUUCUUCUUCUUUCCGGGCCUUGAUGCCAAUAAUGGGCGUCAGUCGCCGAGUCUCUUAAUGCCGAUAUUGCAGACUAAUCAUUUCAGCAUUGAAUAUGAGGAUGGAAAUGAGGCAGAUGCUCGCAACGAAUCGUAUAGUAAUAGUGUUAAUAGUUUUAAUAACAACGGAACCAAUCAUCGGCAGACUCAUAGUCGGGACGUUGAGCUCGGAUGGACUACGAUGCGGCAUGAUAACCAUCGAGAUGGGAUGGCUGGCACAUAUAGUCAUGAUGAAGCUGAUUCGUUGCAGCUGCAUGAUGUGGGCUCGAUAUUGAAGGGUUCUGAAGGGAACUGA